GAGAGAGAGGUUUGCUAGGUUAGUGAAUGAGGAAGUGUGAGAGAGGGAAGGGUGACGGGGAGGAGGACCGCCUGUGAGGAGAGAGAGAGAGACAGUCAAAGAGACGAAGAGAGCGAGAGAGGGAGAAAGUCCAACACUGCUACUGAAACGUGUCAGCUGUUGGUUAAGGGAGGCUGAAGAAUAAUUAAGGGAGGCUGAAGAAGGGAGGUAGAAAGAGAGUGUAUGUAUACCAGUGGGGUUGAGAGACCUUCUUCUCUCCAGCGGAGCAGCAAGAUGAAGAGUUUCAUCACAAACACCCUCUCUGACUUCUUCUUCGAGUACGAGACCCCCCGUCAGGUGCUGGUACGGAACAAGAAGGUGGGGGUCGUGUGCCGAUUGAUCCAGCUGGGGGUCCUGGCUUACAUCAUCGGGUGGGUGUUCAUCUAUGAGAAAGGCUACCAGUCGUCAGACACGGCCGUUGGUUCCGUCUUGACUAAGAUGAAGGGGGUGGGAUACACCAAUGUGACCGGAGAGGAGAGGAUCUGGGACGUGGCUGACUAUGUCUUCCCUGUACAGGGGGACUCUUCUUUUGUGGUGAUGACCAACUACAUUAUGACCAACGGUCAGAAAAUUGAAAAAUGUUCUGAGCCCCCAAACUCGAAGAAUCGAUGCAGCUCUGACGCAGACUGUGAAGGGAGAUCAGAACGUACGGGAGAUGGACAUAUGACGGGGAAGUGUUUGGUGAACACAACCAAGAUGUGUGAGGUGCUAGCCUGGUGUCCUGUGGAAGAUGACGGCAGUAUCCCAGACCCUGCACUGUUGAUGUCGGCAGAGAACUUCACACUGUUCAUCAAAAACACAAUCAGCUUUCCAGCCUAUGGUGUUACGAGGUGUAACCUCGUAGAAGGUAUCGACAAUCAGUACAUCAAAAGUUGCCUGUAUGACCCAAAGACGUCCCCACUGUGUCCCAUUUUCAGACUGGGCGACUUGGUACAGAUGUCUGGCUUCAACUUCGCCGCCAUAGCCAAAGUGGGUGGGGCGAUUGGUAUCAUCAUUGACUGGACCUGUAACCUGGACCAUGACCAGUCAGACUGUAAACCGAUCUACUCCUUCCACGGUCUCUAUGGAAACCCCGACGAGGAAGACACGGCCAGAGCAUCUGUGGGAUACAACUUCAGGUAUGCAAAGCACUAUAUGGAGGACACACAGGAGAAAAGAACGCUUCUGAAAGUGUUUGGGAUUCGAUUUGACAUCAUUGUUCGUUCAGUGGCCAGAAAAUUUGAUAUCAUUCCAACACUAACAGCUAUAGGAUCUGGUGUUGGAAUCUUUGGAGUGGCGACUGUAGUAUGUGAUCUGAUUCUCCUGUAUCUACUACCCAAGAGGGAAUUCUACAACAACAUGAAAUUCAAGGUCACUGAAACGAUGGAGAAGGAACCUUUAGAUGAGUUCAAGUCUGAAAAAGAAGUAUCCAAGAAGCAUUCAGAAGAGGUUCUAGUGCAUCAUGAGGCACCACUGUCAGAGUCUUAGCCCCUACAGCGGCUGCCUGGAUCAGCUCAGUCUUAAGAGUGAUUCUGCAGCGGGGUCCUGACUCCUGGGCUCCAGUCUGCAGUAACAGCUGGCUGCUACUCCAACACACUGACUCCAGACUGCACUGAGACAUCUUAAAACAUAAAACAAGUGUGAUGGUUUACUGCCUUGUGUCCACUCUCCAGCUCAAUGAUUAAACUGCUAUUUAAUUGCCUUCAAAUCCUGUCAACAGAUCUCAAACAAUGCUCUCAGUUUAGGAGAUUUUUUUAUUUUACCUUUAUUUAACUUGGCAAGUCAGUUAAAGAACAAAUUCUUAUUUACAAUGACAGCCUUGUUCAGGGGCAGAUUUUUACCUUGUCAGCUCAGGGAUUCGAUCUACAAAACCUUUCGGUUAGUGGCCCAACGCUCUAACCACUAGCCUACCUGCCGAGAUAGAUAGUUACGGAACAUUCUUUCAGACAGCCACCCUCCUUUGUUUGUCUAAUAAUAAUAAUCAGGGAGACAGUUUCAUCAUCGGAAUGUGAUACAAAAGAAGGCAUCGAUGUGCUUUAGGAGCGCUGUUCUCUCAAUGUGUCAUAAUUAGAACUAUGUGUUUUUAUUUAUUUAUUUUACCUUUAUUUAACCAGACAAGUCAGUUACGAACAAAUUCUUAUUGUCAAUGACGGCCCACUGGGGAACAGUGGGUUAACUGCCUGUUCAGGGGCAGAACGACAGAUUUGUAUCUUGUCAGCUCAGGGGUUUGAACUUGCAACCUUCCGGUUACUAGUCCAACACUCUAACCACUAGGCCACCCUGUUAGUUUGGGGUUGGUUCAUUAACUGAAAGAAUCAUGUGUUUUAUAACACAUCGUUACCUUAAAGUACCCUGGUUUAUUAACACAUUUUAUAAUAUCUGUUUAUAACACAUUCGUUACCUUAAAGCCGUGGUUCACUCAGAAACAUUCUCUAUUUUCUAUGGGGACACAUUUCUACACAUUUUGUCAUGGGGUGCAGGGAAAAUGUUGCCGUUUUAAAGGUAAUUUUCUUGCAAUUCUAUACAUUUUGCCAUGUCUAAUGUGUAUAUUUGAGUGACUCUAACAUUACUACAAAAUCUCUGGGCUAAAAAAACAUUAGCUGACGUGGGCUAGUAGAUCUGGACACUUUCUGACACGUUAUAAAUAUCUCUCUAAGGUCUGUAAUGACUGACAGGACAAGAGGAACUGAGGAUGUACUUCCCAAUGUAGAAGCUGCACCUUGUGUAUUCUACUAUUACAACUUUCAGGAGUAAGUCGAAAGCCGGUUUCCAACCUCUUCCAUCAGCACAGCACACACCAUGUUGUCUUCAAGAAGCAGAAGAAUUAGAUGACUACUGGCGCGGGGUAUUCCACCUUGAAAUACUGUAAUAAUGACAUGUUUUUGAUCUUUAAAUCUUUCUCAUCAAUCAACAAGUUUGUGAUUGAUACGCAAAUUCAAUAAAAAAAUAGUUGAAGGUU